AUGGCUUUUACAUUUACUGCAUUUUGUUAUCUCUUUGCUCUAUUUGCUGUAGCAUUUUGUAUUUUCUUUGCCAUAUUUACGGUUAUUUGUGUUGAUGAGCUGAAGACUGAUUAUAAAAAUCCGAUAGAACAAUGUAAUAGCUUGAAUCAGUUAAUUGUGCCAGAAUACUUGCUUCAUUUUAUUACCACGGCUCUUCUAGCUUUCUCUUUCCAGUUUGGUGGACUUUGUUGGAACAUACCACUAAUUGCUUACCAUGUUCAUAGGUAUAUUCAACGUCCUAUCAUGUCAGGACCAGGGAUUUAUGAUCCUACUACCAUUUUAAAUAGGAAUGAACUGCAAAGAGCACUUAGAGAAGGCUGGAUAAAACUCGCCUUCUAUCUUAUAUCUUUUUUUUAUUACUUGUAUUCUAUGAUAUACACAAUGGUUACAUCUUGA